UUGCCGCCGCUGCACGAGGCGGUUCACGCACACGCCAGUCGGUGCGUACACGUUUCAGUUGGCCGCGAUGCGAUCGGGUUUUGCGUGGGUGCGUUUCGGUGGUUGAGCCGGUGCUGGUUUUUUGUUUUUAUUAUUAUUAUUUUUUUUUUGUGUAUUGUGGAUUAAUAUUCCUGCUGAUUGAAUACUGGCAGGAUGCAUCAGGUGGAUUGAAUGUCUGCGGGACACCCGAAACCGAAAGUGAAUGCCAGUCAGUGUUACUGACGCCGAUAUUUUGAUUUUAAUAUCGGCGAUGCAGUGAUUUUUGUCUUGAAAUUUGAUUGGUUUGUUGUUGUUUGUUUUGAACUGUUGUAAAAAUGAUGCCCAGAAACUCGUUUCCCAUAAUCGAAAGGGAGAUCGUUUGCACCCACAAGAUACGGCUGGAAAAGGUGCUGGGAGUCACCGUCUCCAACAAUGCGGCGUUGGCCAACGACUCCAACGGCAACAUCGCCUAUCCGGCAGGUUGUACUGUCGUGCUGUUCAACACGAAAACGGAGCAACAGAGCCACAUAAUCAACACGUCCAGGAAGACGAUCACCUCGUUGGCGUUCUCGUCAUGCGGAAGGUACAUCGUAACAGGAGAGUGCGGCCAUCAGCCGGCGGUGCGGGUGUGGGACCUGCAGUCGGAUCCGCAGUCCCAGCAUCCCGGCCUGUCGCCGCAACCGCAGCAGAUCGCCGAAUUCCUCGGCCACAAGUACGGCGUGAACUGCGUGGCGUUCUCGCCGACGACAAAGUAUGUGGUGAGUGUGGGCACCCAACACGACAUGAUAGUGAACGUCUGGGACUGGAAGAACAACAUCAAGGUGGCGAGCAACAAAGUGAGCACCAAAGUGAAGUCGAUUGCCUUCUCAGAAAAUGGCAGUUACUUCGUCACCGUCGGUAACAGACACGUGAAGUUUUGGUACCUAGAACAGGGCAAAGCAAAGUACAAAGAGGCGGUUCCUUUGAUGGGUCGUUCGGCGAUAUUGGGCGAACAGAGGAACAAUUAUUUCUGUGAUGUGGCGUGUGGCAAGGCCGAAAGCGGCGACAGCACCUACGCCAUUACUAGAUCCGGCUUACUAUGCGAAUUCAAUAACAGAAGACUGUUAGAUAAAUGGGUGGAAUUGAGGACGACCGCAGCGAAUUGCAUAACGAUAGGAGAAAAGUACAUAUUCGUCGGCUGCGCCGAGGGAAUAAUCCGAUGUUUCGAUCCGAACCUCAGGUUCAUCACCACCUUGCCCCGGACCCACUACUUGGGCGUGGACGUCAGCUUAGGAACUAACAUAACGCACAUGGCGUCGCCGCCGGCGGACGCCCGCUACCCGGACACGAUAGCCAUAACGUACGACGAGACGUCCCACAAGCUGACCAGCAUCUACAACGACCACUCGAUCUACGUGUGGGACGUGCUGAACAUAAAGCGGGUCGGCAAGUCGUUCUCGUUCCUCUACCACUCGGCGUGCAUCUGGGGCGUCGAGAUGGCGCCCCCGGACUCGCCCCUUCCCUCGGGUAGUUUCCUGACGUGCGGAAGCGACGACACGAUCAGGUUUUGGAGCCUGGACAAGGCGGACGUGGCCACGAGGGCCAACUAUCCACCCAAUAUUUACAGUAAGGAGCUGUUCAAGGUGGUGUACAUAGACAAGGAGCUGGCGUACUUGAAAGACCUCGACAUAUCGGGGACGGCGAACGGCGAGAAGGGGGCGCAGGACUCUUCGGCUUACGACAGCAGGAAUGGCGUGAGGUGCAUCAGGAUCAGUCCCGAUGGGAAAAAUCUCGCCUCGGGCGACAGAUCUGGUAAUAUUAGAAUACACGACAUAUCAACUAUGAAGGAAUUGUACAAAAUUGAAGCACAUGACGCUGAAGUGUUGUGUCUUGAGUACUCGCAGAACGACCCCAGCUAUAGUUUAAUGGCGAGUGCCAGCAGGGAUCGUUUGAUUCAUGUUUUCGACGUCAAACACAGCUACGAAUUCGUUCAAACUUUGGACGAUCAUUCAUCCUCCAUCACAGCCGUCCGUUUCUUAAAAAGUUCGCGCAACCUACAGAUGAUUUCCUGCGGAGCCGACAAGAGUAUCAUUUUCCGUUCCCUUUCAGACGUCAACGGCAAACAGCCCCACUUCACCAGAGAGCACAACGUGUCCGGCAAAACCACACUGUACGACAUGGAAGUGGACGCCGGCCAAAAAUACGUGCUAACCGCCUGCCAGGACCGAAACGUCCGAAUAUACAGCGUCACCAACGGCAAGCACACGAAAAGCUUCAAGGGCAGCAGCGGCGACGACGGCUCGCUGCUCAAGGUGGUGCUGGACAGGUCGGGCAUAUUCCUGGCCACCUCCUGCACCGACAAAAGCCUCUCGGUCUACGACUAUUACUCCGGCGAGUGCAUGGCCACCAUGUGCGGCCACUCGGAGCUGGCCACCGGGCUGCGCUUCACCAACGACUGCAGAAGACUGAUCUCGGCCAGCGGGGACGGGUGCAUAUUCGUGUGGCGGGUGCCGCACGACAUGGUGAUCACGAUGCACGCACGUCUCGCCCAGCAGGCCCUGCGGCUGGGCAAGACGUUGGAGGCGGACAUCCUGAACAACUCGGACUCGCAUCUGGGCGACAAGCAGGAGGGUAAAUACCGGUUUAGCAUCGGACAGCUGCCGCAGUGGGCCAAGAAGCAGUUCAGCGACGACGCACAGGUGGCGCCGCCGCCCACUAAAGGUGUGGCGGUGCCCAAGGGCCGGUGGGCCCAACGGGCCGAGAAUCCGCCGGGGCAGAAGGGGUUGUAUUCGAUUUCACCCUUCGGUUCGUUGGAUAGGAGACUUGAUGGCUCAGACGGUUCCAAAGACAGUUCCUUGGAUAGUGGUACCGAUAUCAAGAAUUACACCGAAUUUAAACGAGAUGUGACGAUGGCGGAAAGGAUGGCUAAUAUUACCAUGCGCAGUGAGACACGGCGCAGCAUAAUGACGGACGACAGUGCGAUAGGCGACGCAGAAUCGACUGCGCACGAUGGCGACAUCGACUCAGAUAACGAUUACCGACAUCGCCCCCUCUAUUAUCCUAAUCAAGAUCCAGCCAGCGGCAGCGAAUUCACUAUUACUAACAUGGAUCAGGAUGAGCUCAGGAAGUCACAGAGGAAGAAGAAGCCGCCUUCUAUUACGAUACAACCUUCCAAUUCGACUUACGGAAGCAACGAAUCCGAUGAUGAUGACGAUGACGCUUCAACCCCCAGCGGCGAGAACACAGACCGAAACCCGAUGUCUUUGCUCUCGGUCAGCUCCGAAUCCCUGGACCACUUGGUCAACCGUGAAAAGUACCUGCAGUCGACGUUCGAAAGCAUGAGCGGCGCCGAAAACGACAUGACACCCUGUGGCAAAACGUCGAUAUCCUCCAAAUUCCUGCGCACCGGCGACCGCAACAUGGACGUGAUCAACGCCGUACAAAAGACCAAGAGCGACCCGGAGGCGGCCAGGAAGCGACAGGAGCUGAACCAGCGGAUAGCCGAGACGAAGAAGAAGCUGGAGAGCGGUGGCUCGUAUCCAAAACACACGCAAACACUGCAGAGACGCAUUUGGUUCAAACGCGAGCAAAAAUACAAACAACAACAAAACGUUAAAGUAGACGUUGGUCAUUCAACCCCGCUGAAGUACAGCCAGUCGAUCCACGACCUGUCCUACAUCCCGGUGCGAGACAGCUGGAACAAAAAAAAAGUGUACGUGGACGACGACGAGCGCGAGGACUCGAGCCUGCGCCGUUCCUGCAGCCUGGUCGAUCUGAGCAUGCCCAGCGCCGUGCUGCCCAACCGCAAGCUCGACAACGUUUCAGGUAAAAAGAACCAGACGACGGUGACCCGGACCAAGUCUCGAUACGAGAAGAACACGUCGAUAACGCGCAGCCGGUCGACGACCGUGCUCAACGCGUCGGACUCGGACAACGACAGCCAGGACAAGAAGAUAUCGAGGCUGAUGCGGCCCACCAUCAGCUCGCACAACAAGAUCAACAACGCGGGCAACAACAAGCUCAGCAGCAGCAGGAAGAAACAGUCUUACUCCACUAGCAAUUUGAGCACGGUGGGCGUGGAAAACAUGUCGACAUCUGACGACGAUUUGGAGAGUAAGAAGCCGGUGGCGCCGCCCAGGAACCGAAGCGGCAACUUCGACAACUCGGUGAUUCACCGGAAGGCACUGAACAAUAAAGACAAGUCCAAAGCCUCACGCCAUACAAUUCACUUUGACGACACACUAACGAACGACGAUUUAAUGUCGAUCGAGAGCUUAGAUUUGUCGUCUAUCGAAAUUUCGAACCAACUGUGCGAGGACACGGUCCAGCAGCUGAGCAAGGCGGCCGAGAACGUGGUGAAGCUGUACAACAGCCUGGCGCAGGAGCCGGACCUGGAGCAGAACGCGGGCGCACAGGGACAGAUGGAACGCGUGCGCCAAUCCAUAAUCCGCACCCACAGGAUAUUCCACGACUGCCUCUUCUCCGACGUGAAGCAAACGAACAGCAACAUCGACGUGAACCAGACCGACACGGUCAAAAAGCUGAACGAUCUGGCGGCCAAAGGUUCGACCAGUCGACACUCGGUGAUCACGAUCAUGGAACAGUACUCCGACAUACUGUUGGACAUGGUGCAGCAGAAGAUACACUCGAACAUUUGAUGCGUGUGAAUGUUUGUGUCGGUCCCGGUCCGUAUUUAUGCAAUUGUGUCGGUCGUUUUGCUAUUGUUUUAUUAAGUUUUCACGCUUUUUUGUUUAUAUUGUAAUCUGGCUAAUUAACAUGUUUGCGCCUGCAAAGCUAGUCAAAAACACAUUUUUACCUAGACUGUUUUAUUUGAUUAUCUUUUAUUUGAAACUGUUGUUUAAUGUUCAUUUUAUUAAUUGUUUAAGACAUCACUAAUAGGCCAAAUAUUAAAAAACAAAGCUUAUUUACCUUGUGUUAUCGCAAUUUACACGAUUUUUGUCAUUGUUUCUGUAACACAUCUGUUACGUGCCAAAACAAGCCCUAAUCAAAUAGUUUUUAACAUUCCAUUAUAUGGCUGUAAGUAACUAUAUUAAAUGUACUGAACGAAUAUAAAUAAAUGUAAGUGUUGGUAAAAGCACAGUCCUAAUUAUUAAAUAGUACUGUGUCUGUUUUAAAUUUGCCAAAUUAGCUUAGAACGUUGAUAACGAUGGAAUUAUGAGAUUAAUGGAAUUUUACGAGCUUCCCUAUUUUGUACGUACUUAAGUCAGUUUGUAUUUUAUUAAAAUCAACCUGCCUCCGAGUUUUUACCACAAUUGUUGUUGGCGUUCUAUCUGGGAUAUAAUACCAGCAAUUAUUGAGGUAAAAGCUUGAGGGGAGGUUGAUUGUUUGUACACACAUUUUUAACUGUGUUAAUAUGGAACGUUGUUCCGUAUUUAUGGUGAAUUAUUGUAUAUCUUGUAAUGUUUUUAAUUGUACAUUUUUUAAUUUACACUUAAUAUGAAUCCCCUGUUUUUAUUUUGUAAUCAAUUAUUGGAGAUUGUAUUCGAGUUGUCAAUUUAUGUCUGUACGUCUAAUUUGGACGUGGCAGUCACACCCUUUGUAACCCCAGACUGUAAUUUGAUAAUGAAUGAAUAAAUAAAUGUAGUUUGAAUAAAUUUUA